GAGCUGAACCAGGGCCGCCGAUCUGGCCCCAUCGGAGUUCGGGCAAUCUGGCCGCGGUCAGUCCUUUCCCUCAAAUAUCGCCGCUCAGCAGCCGGUGUGAGACAGUGGGAAUCCGUCCUGACGACGCGUUAGCCGACUCGUCACGAUGCCCGUUCGCUCUCUGUCCCCAGCCCUUGACAAACCCGCGCUGCCCCUCGCGGGGGGGCCCUCAGCCAAAACCCGCUGGUUUGACCUGCUGUUGCCUUCCUUUCUGGCCCGGUCCGAAAAAAAUCCGGCCUCGGGGAAGGCCCGGCGCACGGCGUAUUUGGAUGGGUUGCGUGGGUUUGCGGCCUUCCUGGUGUAUUGGGGGCACCAUGAGUUGUGGGCGCACGAUGGCAUGGGCGCCGAGCGCAUCUUCGAAAAUGCGUAUGGGUAUGAGAAGCAGCACUACCUGGUGGCCUUUCCGGGGGUGCGCACCUUCUUCUCCGGGGGUCACUUUGCCGUUAGUGUCUUUUUUGUGCUGUCCGGAUAUGUGUUGUCCGCCAAACCGCUGGCGCUGAUCCAGGCGAGCGAAUAUCUUCAGUUGGGGGACAAUCUGGCCUCUGCCCUCUUCCGCCGGUGGUUGCGACUCCACCUCCCCGUCAUCGCCACGACCCUGGUCUACAUGACCUUUCUCCAUCUGUUCCGCAUCCGAGCGACCCCCGAGUUGAAGGACAGCUACGGCGCCGAGCUGUGGAACUGGUAUACCGAGUUCAAGAACUUCAGCUUCAUCUUCCGCGGCGGCGGCGAGCCCUGGUUCACGUAUAACUUCCACUCGUGGUCGAUCCCGGUCGAAUUCCGCGGAUCCAUCAUCGUCUACACCGCCCUGCUGGCGUUCUCCCGAUGUCGGCGCAACAUGCGCCUGUGGGGGGAGGUCGGAUUGAUCGUCUACUUUCUCUACAUCGCCGACGGCUGGUUUGGGGCGCUGUUCAUCGCCGGCAUGCUGCUCUGCGACCUGGAUCUCCUGGCGGCGCGGGAUAACCUCCCCGAUGUCUUCCUCAUGCUGGAACCGUUCCAGGAGGGCAUCAUCUACGUGCUGUUCUGCGUCAGUAUUUACCUGGGGGGGGUCCCGUCGCGAACGUGGGACGUCCAGGUGCUCCGGGAAUCGCCGGGGUGGUACUAUCUGUCCUUCCUGAAGCCCCAGGCGGUGUUCGACUACAAGUGGUUCUAUCUGUUCUGGGCGGCGACCUUCCUGGUGACGGCCAUUGCGCGGAUGCCCUGGCUGAAGCGGUUCUUCGAGACGUCCUUCAACCAGUACCUGGGCCGGAUCUCGUUCGCGUUCUACCUGGUGCAUGGGCCGGUGCUGUGGGUGUUGGGGGACCGGCUGUACGCGGCGGUGGGCUGGGUGCGCGAGUCGCAUGCGACCAAUUGUCCCGGCUGGGUCGAUCGAUUGCCGCUUCCCCGCACGGGACCGCUGGGGCUGGAGGUCAGCUUCCUGGCGACCCAACUGAUCCUGUUGCCGACGACGCUGUGGUUGGCGGAAAUCGUCACCAAGGUGAUCGAUGAGCCGAGUGUGCGGUUGGCGCAGUGGCUGUACCGACGGGCGAUGACGUGUAGCUAAAGAGGAUAACCAGGUGUCUCCGAAAUGAAUGUCUCAGUUUUGCUUUCUGGCUGUAAAUGGUUUCUUUUGUUCAUUUGUUGGGCCCUGCGCAGGGGCCGCUGCUCAUCACCGUGAUGGAUGCCACUAAGGCGUUAGUCGUCACUAGCAGCUUGAUAGCGCCGCGCCGUCGACAGCCGGAGCCACUGAUGCCUGAGCCCCUGGCGGGUGAGCUUUUUUCACGGCGGGGACUGUCCACGGUCCAGAGAAGAAGAAGAGUCACAUGCUGCAUCGA